UCUCUCGCACACACCUGAUGAGCAUCCUCCAAAACUCUGAAGUCAGGGGACGGAACUUCAAGAUCAGACCGCAGUUCUUUCUCGGAUUUGAUGGAAAACACACAUGAGAGCAGACUUGUGAAUCAGGGAGAAGAUUAACAGGGAGCACAGAUGACGCUGUCUCUUCCACCCCGGUGUUUGCUUUUGCUGUGUUUGACGUCUGUCUGCAGCACUCACGCUGCUGUGCAGACGUGCAUGGAUAAGCACCAGGUGGUUGGACUCCUCCGUCAAAUGGAGAAGUUUCUGAAAGGCCAAGAGGUGCGGUUUGCAGAGGGCAUCCGGAUCAUGAAGUCAAAGCUGGCCGCGCUUCACAACUCUGUCUCCAAGUUGCCUCAAGCAGACCAGUCAGCUGCUCCGACCACCUGCUUGUCCCUGGAAGCACCUGCUCAUGGUACAAAGUUUGGCUCAAAGUAUUUUGUUGGACAUGAGGUCCACUUCACUUGUUCCCCGGGCUACCAUCUCACCGGUUCUGCGACUCGUGUUUGCCAGGACAAUGGCAGCUGGACUGGCGUCAGUGCCGUCUGUAAAGACAUUAGUGAGUGUGCGAGUAACCCCUGUCAAAAUGGAGGCACGUGUGUUGAAGGUGUUAACCAAUAUAAAUGUACCUGCUCCCAGAACUGGAGUGGUUCACACUGCCAGGACCAAACACAGACAGCGCCACCUGAGUGGAGUGUCAUGAAUGAGCCAGCGUUCAGUCGCAGACCUCGUUGUACCCAAGUGAACCAAGCCCAGCACUGUAGCUGUGAUGCAGGUUUUCACAUGAGCGGCACCUCAGACAACAGCAUAUGCCAAGAUGUGAAUGAAUGUGAAGUGUACCGGCUGGACCAAGGACGGAAGCUGUGCAUGCAUCAGUGCGUGAACAUUCCAGGCUCCUACCGCUGCUCUUGCCCCACCGGCUACAAGUUGCUCCUAGAUGAGCGGAGCUGUGAGGAUGUGGAUGAAUGUUUAAGCCAACAGCACAACUGCAGUCGCGGAACAACUUGUAUUAACACAGGGGGAGCCUUCCAGUGUGUCAACCCAGAGUGUCCCCGCUCUCACGGCAACACCAGCUAUGUUAAGACGUCUGCUUUUCAGUGUGAGAGAAACCCGUGUCCCAUAGGCAGCCGUUCUUGUCACUUGGCUCCAAAGACCAUGUCUUUCCACUACCUGUCUCUGCCCUCCAACCUGCAAACUCCCGCCACCCUUUUCCGGAUGGCCACUGCCACUGCUCCCGGGCGCACGGGGCCUGACAGCCUGCGCUUUGGCAUCGUGGGCGGAAACUCUCGAGGUACUUUUGUCAUGCAGCGCUCAGACAGACAGACUGGAGAGCUGAUCCUGGUUCAGCCGCUGCGUGGGCCGCAGGAAGUCAGCGUGGAUGUGGACAUGUCUGAGUACAGUGAGCGCACCUUUCAGGCCAAACACGUAGCAAGGGUCAAUGUUCUGGUUUCACCUUACAACUUCUGAAAGCUUCCAUAGGAAGAGUAUGUGCAAAGAAACAAUGAGACGUGCAGUGGGCAAUUAGUUGACUGACUUUUUUCCUUUUAUUAUUAUUAUUAUUAUUGCAAUCAAACCCUGCAUGUGCAGUUGUUUCAGUAUUUAGCACCCCUUCACGGAGCUGGGAGUAAUUCACCUGCUGACCUGACUGCUUAGAAUGAAAAAUUUGUAAACUUUGCUGUAGAUUCUUGGGCAUGUGGUUGCUUGUCCACAGUGUAACAUCAUGUUUUAUCAAAAAUGUUUUGUUCAGUGGCCAAAUAUGUGCUGAAGAUUGAAAAUAGAAAAACAUAUGUUUCAUUAUGA